AUGACAAGAGGUAAUCAAAGAGAAAUUGAUAGAAAAAGAGCAGAAGCUAGAUCAAAGAAAGGACCACAAAAGGGACAAGGUGAUUCUUUACAAAGAAAAGAAAAAGAUUUACAAGAAAUUCAAAAGAAACAACAAAUAUUUGAAGAGAAGAAAGCAAAGGAAGCAGAAGAUGCAAGACUUGCAAAAAUUGCAGAAAUUGAAGCAAAGAAAGCUGCUCAACAAUUAAAAGGUGCUCAAAUUUAA